AUGAGAGUUUUGGUCGUUUUUCUGGUUGUUUUUGUGUCAACUGUUUGGUCGUUUGAAUGUUAUACUUGUAACACAGAUUCAACACGAGCUGGUCCGUGUAUUGAUAGGGUUUGUUUCAAAGAAGAAAAAUAACAAAAUUAUGCCAGUAAUGUUUUUUUAGAAAACUAAAUGUUCUGGAUCAGAAUCUUGUUCAAUGGCUGUAAUUUUCGAUGGAGAAACAUCUGUUGUUCGAAAGUUCUGUACUCCUCCAGCAACUCCAAUCUAUCAAUAUUUAAUGAUGAUUCCAGGAGCAAAUAUGUGUCAAAAUGUUGAUAUGGUAAUUAAUCAAAUAAUUUUCCGGAUUACAUUUUUACUUCAGAGUUCAUCAAUUCACCGUCGAUAUCGUCGUUUUGCAACUCGUCAUUCUCCAGCUCCACCAACUCAACAUUCUUCACUUUUAUGUGUUUGUACAACAUCUCUUUGUAAUCAAGGAACUUAUAUCAAAGUUCUCGAAAACACAAUGCUCAAUAAUUUCCCUCGUCAACUUUUGCCUCCUUCUCCACAAGUUCCAGAAGAUCUGCAAUUAAUUGAUCAAACAUUUGAAAAAGAUGCAUCUCCAAAAAUUGAAUUCAAUGAAGAUGAAGAUGCUGAUAUGUUGGAACAAAUGACGAAUGCUGGAUUUUAA